AUGACGUUCAGUGACAAGAUGGCGUUUACUGACAAAAUGGCUUUCAGUGACAAGAUGACGAUCAGUGACAAGAUGGCAUUCAGCGACAUACUGACGAUAAGUGGCAAGACAACGGUCAGUGGCAAGAUGACAUUCAGUGACAAGAUGGUGUUCAAAGACAAGAUGGCGUUUACUGACAAAAUGACUUUCAGUGAGAAGAAGGCGUUCAGUGACAAGACAACGUUCAGUAACAAAAUGGCGUUUACUGACAAGAUGGCUUUCAGUGACAAAAGGGCGUUCAGUGACAAGAUGGCGUUUAGUAACAAGAUACCGGUCAGUGGCAAGAUGACGUUCAGUGACAAAAUGUUGUUCAGUGACAAGAUAGCGUUCAAAGAUAAGAUGACGUUCAUUGAUAAUAUGACGUUCAGUGACAAGAUGGCGUUCAGUGAUAACAUGGCUUUCAGUGACAAGAUGGCGUUCAGUGACAAAAUGACGUCCAGUUACAAGAUUACGGCUUUCAGUGACAAGAUGGCGUUCAGUGACAAUAUGACGUUCAGUGACAAGACAACGUUCAGUAACAAGAUGGCGUUUACUGACAAGAUGGCUUCUAGUGACCAAAUGAAGUUCAGCGACAAGAUGGCGUUCAGUGACAAGUUGGCGUUUAGUGACAAGAUGACGUUCAGUGACAAGAAGGCGAUUGGUGACAAAAUGACGUCCAGUGACUUUAUGACAUUCAGUGACAAGAUGGCGUUGAGUAACAAGAUGACGUUGAAAGACAAGAUGGCGUUGAAAGACAAUAUGGCGCUUACUGAUAAAAUGAUUUUCAGUGACAAGAUGGCGUUCAGUGACAAUAUGAGGUUCAGUGACAAGACAACGUUCAGUAACAAGAUGGCGUUUACUGACAAGAUGGCUUUCAGUAACAAGAUGGCGUUUACUGACAAGAUUACGGUCAGUGGCAAGAUGACGUUCACUGACAAGACGGCGUUCAAAGACAAGAUGACGUUCAGUGAUAAUAUGGCGUUCAGUAACAACAUGGCUUUCAGUGACAAGAUGGCGUUCAAUGACAAGAUGGGGUUCAGUGACAAGAUGGCGUCUUAA